CAAUUGAAAUGUAUAAAGAAUGAAGCAUUAGAUAUUCAGCUGAAAGUGUUCAAUGAGCAUAAGGAAGAAGACAUGAUCGAAUUCUCUCAUCGUUUAGAAGAUAUUAGAUCUGAACUAGAUGAAGUAAAUGAUGUUUACAACAUGGUGUGGAAUACAGUUAAGGACACUAGCGCUGAAGGAUAUUUUCUUUCUAUUCUCCAACAUCUUUUGCUGAUAAGGAAUGAUUAUUUUAUACGUCCACAGUAUUUCAAAUUAAUUGAAGAGUGUGUAUCCCAGAUAGUGUUACAUCGAAGUGGAACAGACCCAGACUUCACAUAUCGUAAAAGAUUAGAUAUAAAUUUCAGCCACUUAAUAGAUAUUUGUGUAGAUAAAGCAAGAUUAGAAGAAUGUGAAGAGAGGGCUUCUGAACUUUCUAGAAAAUUUGAAAAAGAUUUUGUAGUUCAUCAGGAGACUCAGGCCCUACUGCAAAAAAAAGAAGAACGAAUCAGUGAACUUGAAGCAGAAUUGCAAGCUUUUAAGUCACAGUAUGGCUCCUUGCCACCUGGUUUUCUACCAUCAACACGUGGAGAUGCAUCUGUUGUUCCACUGGAAGCUGCAGGACCACAUCAAAUUCCACCGCCACCGCCUCCUCCACCACUGCCUUCUAAUGGUGCAAUUCCACCACCACCGCCUCCCCCUCCUCCUCCACCACUUUUGAAUGGCUUGGGAGUUCCUCUGGCUGGUGGUGGUGGUCCUCUACCACCACCUCUCCCAGGCCUGCCAGGAGCACAGUGGUCUCCACCUUCAUGUACUUUGCCAUUUGGAAUGAAGCCUAAAAAAGAAUUCAGACCUGAGGUUACCAUGAAAAGACUCAACUGGUCCAAGAUCAGGCCUCAGGAAAUGACAGAAUCCUGUUUUUGGGUUAAAGCAGAAGAGGACAAGUAUGAGAAUGCUGAUAUGCUUUGCAAAUUGGAGCUCACAUUUUGUUGUCAAAAAAGGGUAAAAAAAGAGGAGGAGGAAUUUGAAGAAAAGAAAUCCAUUAAGAAACGCAUCAAAGAAUUAAAAGUCUUGGACCCAAAGAUUGCACAGAAUCUCUCAAUUUUCCUUGGCUCUUUCCGAGUGCCUUAUGAGGAAAUCAAAAUGAUGAUAUUGGAAGUUGACGAAACACAGCUGUCAGAGUCCAUGAUUCAGAAUUUAAUAAAACAUCUUCCUGAACAAGAACAGUUGAAUGCGUUGUCCAAGUUCAAGAACGAGUAUAAUAAUUUGUCUGAGCCAGAGCAGUUUGGAGUUGUG